AUGACAAACAUCAUGUGGUUGUUACUUGUGAGUUGGAUCGUGUCCGUGUCUACUGCACAAAAUGAAAUGUUUCAUGAUAUUAUCGGGAUUCAAUGCUCCAAGAACAGUGAUUGUGGAUCCUCUUUGCCUGCAUUGGCUUGUAUCUUGAACAAGUGUGAGUACUGCCGUCCUCAUGCAGAUGACUGCAGUGUCUCUGGAUCGAAACGAUGUCAAGUGGUGGAGACUUUGGACGCAGAAACGGGUAACAUGCACCCGCAGUUUGCUCGAAAUGCCGUCGGGAAGAUAGUGACUGUCGCCUAUUGCACGGAGAAGGACUUGUUCGAUCCCUUCACCUGGAAAGACAUGGUGGCUACAUUCAUUGCCUUUCUAAGCACUGCACUUGGUUCUGGUUGUGGCGUUGGAGGAGGAGGGCUUCUUGUACCUAUGUACGUCUUGUAUGGAUUGAGCCCCAAGCACGCCAUUCCGUUGUCUAAAGCCACUAUCUUUGGCAAUGCCGUUUCUGCUUACCUCUUCAAUUUCAACCGCAAACAUCCAAUGAAUGCGAAGCUGCCGCUCAUAAAUUACCAAGUUGCGGGAAUUAUGGAGCCCACUACACUUAUUGGCACCAUCUUUGGCGUGAUGAUGAAUCACAUGUUCCCGGACUGGCUCAUCUUGGUACUCCUAGUCUCGCUGCUUUCGUACAUCACUUACAAGACCGUUUGUAAGGGUAACAAGAUUCACGAAACAGAGUCCAGCCAUCAGCUUGCACUUGUCAAGUCGGUGCUCAAGGGUGGUCCUAAUGGUGGAGGUCGCGGUCGCCAGUGGUCAAUUUAUCGUCGAUUCACUGUAGAGAUUGCUGCAAAGCGAUGGCUUGCAAAGACUCGCCGCAACAAGAAACUGCGUCAAAUUAGGUCUGAAGACGAAGACGACUCAAAGUCCCUGCCGCCACUCCGUGAACACCAAUUAUCAAGCUCUCAUGCUCUGCUGGGUGGACUAAACAAGCGUGAUUUCGGCACCUUUACUCUGGACGAUGACCACUUACUUGCGAGGCGAAAGGCUAUCGAGGAGCGAGAAAUGCGUUUGUUCCCGCUCCAGUAUAUAUUCCCUUUGGUGCUAUCUUGGCUAGUGGUGCUGGUCCAGUCCCUGCUGCGCGGAGGACAUGGAGCGCCCAGUAUAAUUGGACUCACCUGCAACUCUGUGGAUUAUUGGAUUGUCACAAUCCUGCCGUUGUUGGUUCUGGUGGCGAUUACGGUGUGGGUAGGAUACCAAUUACGUCUACUAAACCGCCUGAAAGUUCUCAGCGGCUAUCCGUUCACUGAGGGUGAUAUUCACUGGAUCAAGCGCCGCGUACUUAUCUUCCCAACCUUGUGCACCAUGGCAGGCGUGGCCGCAGGUCUGUUGGGUAUCGGAGGUGGCAUGGUGAAGGGCCCUAUCAUGCUUGAGAUGGGCAUCUUACCUCCUGUGCAAUCGGCAACUGCCAACUUUAUGAUUCUGUUCACCUCGUCAUCGACGACGCUACAAUUUGCAAUUAACGGCCAGUUCCCAGGAGAGCGUCAGUACGACUACAUGGCUUGGUUUUCACUCAUGGGCUGCAUCGGUGGCUUGUGCGGUCAAAAGCUGGUGGCGUAUGCGGUCAAAAAGUACAAACGCGAGUCCAUCAUGGUAUAUCUCCUAGCAACGACAAUCGGUUUAUCGGCCCUUGCCAUGGGGGUCAUUGGCUUGAAGUCCACAUUGCGAGACUUAGAGAAGGGCGUGCACCUCGGGUUUCAUGGAAUUUGUGACAACGAAUGA